UAAGCCAUAGCUUUUUCAGCAAGAGCAAGAGUGUAAACCCUUUUUAUAAAAGUCUAUUUAGCAGCACAGUUCUGACCUGGGCAGAGCCACCAAGACCCUGGGAAUAUAUUAAGAAGUUCCUGUGAACCUAACUUUAGAAAAGAGAGAUGGAAAUUGGCUGGAACCACAAUCUGAGACCAAGGCAAGUCUUAAUUUUCUUUGUUCUGCUCAGCAUGUCUGGGAUGGGCGCCGAAUUGGGACCGUAUUCAGUAGUGGAAGAAACUGAGCGGGGCUCCUUUGUAGCUAAUCUGCAGAAAGAUCUGGGGCUAGGGUUAACUGAGAUGUCCACCCGCGGGGCACGGAUCAUUUCCAAGGGGAACAAAGAAUACUUGCAGUUCAAGGUUCAGACUGGGGAUUUGCUCACAAAUGAGAAACUAGAUCGGGAGGAGCUAUGCGGCUCAACUGAACCUUGCCUACUACAUUUUCAAGUAUUAAUGGAAAAACCCUUGGAGAUAUUUCAGGCAGAAUUGAGGGUGAAAGACAUAAAUGACCAUUCUCCCGUGUUCACAGAAAAAAACAUGAGUCUAAAAGUAUCAGAAAACAGUCCUCUAGGAAUUAUAUUGCCUCUGAGUAAUGCUGUGGACUUGGAUGUAGGAAGUAACAAUGUUCAGAACUAUAAAAUCAGCCCCAACUCCUACUUCCGGGUUUUAACCCGCAAUCUCAGUGAUGGCAGAAAAUAUCCUGAGCUGGUAUUGGAUAAAGAACUAGAUCGGGAGGAGGAGCCUGAAAUCUCUUUAACCCUGACCGCGCUAGAUGGAGGCUCUCCGCCCCUGUACGGGACCUCCCGGGUGCACAUUGAAGUGGUGGACAGCAACGAUAACGCCCCUGAAUUUGGACAGCCGCUCUACAAGGUGCACAUCCCUGAGAACAGUCCCUCAGGCUCCCUGGUUGUCACCGUCUCUGCCACGGAUUUGGACAGCGGCGACAAUGGAAAAAUAACAUACACACUCUUUCAGCCUUCAGAAGACAUUAGCAAAAUUUUGGAGUUAAAUCCUACAACAGGUGAAAUUCGACUGAAAAAACAAGUAGAUUUUGAAACAACUCUGUCUUACGAGGUGGACAUCAAGGCCACUGAUGGUGGAGGUCUUUCAGGAAAAUGCACUCUUCUUCUGCAGGUGCUGGAUGUGAAUGAUAACCCCCCAGAAGUGACUAUGUCUGCAUUCACCAGUCCCAUCCCAGAAAACUCGCCUGAGAUUGUAGUUGCUGUUUUCAGUGUAUCAGAUCCGGAUUCAGGAGACAAUGGGAAAACUAUUUGCUCCAUUAAGGAUGACCUUCCCUUUCUUUUAAAACCUUCAGUCAAGAACUUUUACUCCUUAGUAACUGAGAUACCAUUAGAUAGAGAAGACAAGGCCGAGUACAACAUCACGAUCACCGUCUCGGACAUGGGCACCCCCAGGCUGCAGACCCAGCACAACAUC